AUGGCCGAGCCGACCAGCGCGCCUGCAUGCGCAGACUACGAAACCCGGUUCCCGCGAGUGACUAUCCAGUUCUGCACGCAAUGCAAGUGGAUGCUCAGGGCGGCGUACUUCGCGCAAGAACUCCUGUCCACGUUCUCCACAUCCCUGGGGGAGGUCUCGCUGCAGCCCUCGACGGGGGGCGCCUUCGUCGUGACCAUCCACCACCAGCCGCAGGACCAGGCGGCCCCGGCCGUGAGCACCGUGCUCUGGGACAGGAAGGCGGACGGCGGGGUCCCCGAGACCAAGGAACUCAAGCGGCGACCGCAGGACCAGGCGGCCCGGGCCGUGAGCACCGUGCUCUGGGACAGGAAGGCGGACGGCGGGUUCCCCGAGACCAAGGAACUCAAGCGGCGAGUGAGGGAUGUCAUCGAGCCGGGGCGGGACUUGGGACACGUCGACCGGCAUCACUCUGCUCACUCUGCGGGCAGGACGGCCGGCGAAUCUUCUGACGGAGCGGGUGGCGGCGCUGCUGCUGCCGCUGCCGCUGCAGGGGGCGCUAUGACGGACACGCCUUGUGAGGAUUGCAAGUAG